UGUCAUCUGUGGCUUGCACAUUUGACAGAAAAAUAUAAAUUAUAUGUAUAUUUAUAUAUGUAUAAAUUUACUUUUUGUUUGAAUACAAAAAAGAGAGUGCUUGUACUAUGAAAAUAUGAUUAUUUCUUGCAUUCGAUAAACACAAUAUUUCGUUAUUUCACGAGAUAUAUUGAGAAACAUGGAAAAAAAGAACGAACAAAGAGAGACUCUUAGUAGUUUUUUGAAUAAAUCUCCAAAACACCAAGCCGAUUUUGAUAAAAUAUUGAGACGUGAUGUAAUUAUCUCACCAACUGAAGAACAGUUUGAACUGCUCCUCAAGAAGAUCAAACAACAAUUGGGUGAAGGACGAGGAGAAAUUAUCGUAGAGAUUGGAGGAUCCGAUGAGUACAGUGAUAGUGGACUUUUAGCAGAUGAACUAUUUGCUGCAACAGCAACACUCCAAUCCUUAGCUACAAUUCUUGAAUGCAGUCUCAUAAAACUCAGAGAGAGAAAAGAACCAAGGGGUAUAGUGGUACAGUACCUAAUAAGAAAAAUCCUAGAGCCAACUGAUUUCUUAGAAAUUCGUGUUGCUGUAGUUGGAAAUGUGGAUGCUGGAAAGUCCACACUUCUUGGGGUAUUGACCCAUGGUGAGCUAGACAAUGGGAGAGGGACUGCUCGGCAAAAACUAUUUCGUCACAAACAUGAAAUGGAAACUGGAAGAACAAGUUCUGUUGGGAAUGACAUUCUAGGCUUUGACAAAGAAGGUAAUGUUGUAAAUAAACCGGAACACGGAACUCUAGAUUGGGUCAAAAUAUGUGAAAAGAGUUGCAAAAUAAUUACUUUCAUCGAUUUAGCAGGACAUGAAAAAUACCUUAAAACAACAGUUUUCGGUAUGACCGGACAUGCACCCGAUUUUGGAAUGUUAAUGAUUGGUGCAAAUGCUGGUAUUAUAGGCAUGACAAAGGAGCACCUGGGUCUUGCUCUGGCUCUUUCAGUACCAGUUUUUGUAGUGGUUACGAAAAUUGAUAUGUGCCCGCCUAAUAUAUUACAAGAAAAUUUGAGGACUCUGGUGAAGAUACUUAAGUCCCCUGGUUGUAGAAAAGUACCUGUGAUGGUAAAAUCUUUAGAUGACGUUGUUUUGAGUGCCACUAAUUUCGUGUCUGAAAGAUUAUGUCCAAUUUUUCAAGUUUCCAAUGUUAGUGGUGAAAAUCUUCAGUUACUCAAGACUUUUUUGAAUCUCCUUACAACCAAAAUGGAAUACAAGGAGAAUGAGCCCGCCGAGUUUCAAAUUGAUGACACUUAUUCUGUGCCUGGUGUGGGAACAGUGAUCUCUGGAACAACAUUAAAAGGUGUUAUAAGACUAAACGAUACUUUAAUGCUUGGCCCAGAUCUUUUAGGACAUUUUCAACCAAUUUCUAUAAAAAGCAUUCAUAGAAAGAGAAUGGUAGUUAAGGAAGUAAGAGCUGGUCAAACUGCAAGUUUUGCCCUGAAGAAAAUCAAAAGAUCCCAAAUAAGGAAAGGAAUGGUAAUGGUUUCUCCUGCCUUGAAUCCGCAGGCUUGCUGGGAGUUUGAGGGAGAAAUUUUAAUAUUACAUCAUCCAACUACGAUAAGUUCCAGAUAUCAAGCUAUGGUUCAUUGUGGAAGUAUCAGACAAACAGCUAGUAUAGUUUCUAUGUCGAAAGAUUGCCUGAGAACUGGAGAUAAGGCAUUAAUUCACUUCCGUUUCAUCAAGCAUCCAGAAUACCUGAUUCCUGGUCAACGCUUAGUGUUCAGAGAGGGGCGCACAAAAGCAGUUGGCAAUAUUACAAGAAUUUUCACAUCAUCCACCCCCACUCAUACAGGAAACAGAAAUAAACAGAGCAAGCAAAUAAAUAAAUACAAUGCUACUGCUCAGAGUUGCAACUAAUAUUAUUCAUAUUUUAGAAAUGAAUGAAAAGGUAUUAAUCCAUUGAAAUGACUCAAAAUUUGAAUUUCACACUGUAAUUUUGGGGAUGAACAGAUUAAUCCUUUUUCAUGCACAUAUCAAGCUCAGUAAUGUUCAUUUAAUUCGAAUUCAUUUUAUGCUUUCAUUGUUUAUCCAUUUUUACUUGUUGAAGAAAAAUAAUUUUUUGACAAUGUUUUUAUUGGUUCAAAUUCUAAUUGUGAAUAUUGUAAAUAUUGUUCAAUAAUACCUCAAAAAUUAACGACUCUUUUUAUAUUUAUGCCACAGUUCCAAUUUAUGAAUAAAAAAAGAUAACUCCUUCAAGCUACAAUUAGAAGUACAAAUGUGAUUUCAACUCUUAUUUGAAUCAGCAAUAAAUUUUCAGAAUGACA